AUGAUUGAGUCGUUGAGUGAAUAUUUGGUGUCCGAAGAGGUCCUCAAUUCUCGCAUAAGACGACUGACAGACAACUCAUUGAAUUUGAACUCAAUUGCACUGAAAGGCGACACCGAGGGCUCACUUUUAGGACAUCCGCUCGACGUAUAUCUCCUCAUCAGACGAAUGACUAUUGACUGGAAAGAAGUGAACGAUUUGUUGCAAACAAAAUACCGGCGCAUAAGUGAUGUCCAAAUAAGGCAAAUCGGUGGUCACUCUAACCAUACAAAUGCAUUGAAUGACACGUUUGACUCGCAGUUAAUGUCCAGUAGUCAUGAGAUUACCACUAAUCAGGAGCUAAAAGACGCCGCGUUUGGAGUGAUAAGUCUCGUCAAUACUUAUGAUUUGGAUAUCAAGUCAUUAGAGAAUGGAUUCAUUAGAUCUAAGACCAGUUCCGCUGCUGAAGUGACUUCAUAUGAAAAUAAAUCUAAUAUUGCUUUAAAUGCUUUCGACUGCUAUUUGAUUGGAAAACAAACGUUUGAUAACAAGGAGUACUUGAAUGCAAAGCAAUGGCUGACAGAAGCGGUCGAAAGAUUGAAUGACAUGACCAGCGAUGAGACAAUUGCCGACAUUUUUAAUUACCUGUCGUUUUGUGAACUCAAAACUGGAAAACCAAGUGAAGCCCAGAAAUAUAAGAGACUGUCGACCGCUAUAAAGCCGGACAUCGAGACAAAUGAGUUGAUAUCGGAGACCAAAGUUCGCGGACAAAGACUUAUGAAUGACUCGAUUGCCGCGAAACUCAAGUGUUUUCACUUAAACACAACGAAAACACCGUUUUUACGGUUGACUCGCAUUAAAGUGGAAGAGAUGUACAAAAGUCCGCAAAUCGUUGUAAUCCAUGAAUUCUUGUCGGAAUCUGAGACACAAACGAUCAUCUCAUUGGCUCAGCCAGCACUCCAUAAAGACCGCAUACCGGGGAACUGGCGACUGUUCAGGCGUUGCGAACUCGCGGACAGACACCACAAACUCCUGCAAACAAUUAGCCGACGUAUCGGUGCCAUCACUGGCCUUAACACGGAUUAUGCCGAACCAUACAAACCUAUUAAGUAUAGGGUCGGCGGCUAUAACGACGACCACUACGACGUGUAUUACUUCCAGAAAAACGCGCCGUACUAUGAAAGGGAUGUCAUGGCCACGUGGAUCAUGUUUCUGAACGAUGUGGGCGCCGGUGGGGCCGCUGUGUUCCCGGAGCUCAAUGUGACCGUAUGGCCCACGAAAUACUCGGCCGGGUUUUGGUACAGUUUUGACAGAUCAGGUCAAUUGGAUAGACAUAUGCAUCACAGCGCGUGUCCUAUACUUGUGGGACACAAAUGGAUUGCCAACAAAUGGAUUCAUUUGGAGGGACAGGAGUUUCGCAAACCAUGCGAUCCCGGCGAUCGACAAUCACGUCAUACAUACAGUGAGACAUACGUUAUAUAA